AUGGUGAGGCCUACUACUACAACGACACCAAAUAGCGGUGGGAAAACAGAAAGGAAAAAAGAAGGGGGGCGAUACAAAGGUGUACGGAUGAGAAAAUGGGGAAAGUGGGUGGCGGAGGUCCGGCAACCGAAUAGCCGGGAUCGGAUAUGGUUAGGUUCAUACGACACGGCGGAAGAAGCUGCCAGGGCUUAUGAUGCCGCCUUGUUCUGUCUUCGUGGACCGUCGGCUUUGAUAAAUUUUCCUACGCAUCCUCCGGAUAUUCCGCAAAAUGCUGAGCUGUCACCUUCGCAGAUACAAGUGGCGGCUUCUAGACACGCACGUGGGAUGUCGUCGGAUUCGACUUCUGCUAAUAACAGUACGAGUAGAAAUAAUGAUGAGAUGGUUGGGUACUUUAGCAGAGACUACGAUGAUAAUACUACGAAUGGGUUUUGUGCGGCAGGUGAUGGUGGUGGUGACGGUGGAGGCGGCGAUGUGGUUUAUGAGACCCAACGUUUGUGGGCGUAUUAA